AAACCAAUCAGUGUUUGAGUAGUAUGAGGCCUUUUCUCGUUUGGGAAAAGUCCGUCCUCUCUCCUCCAUGACCCAGAAACCGAUCAGUGUUGAAUGGUCGAGGAGUGUGUCAAUUCGUUAUUAAUAUUGAGUUACCUGACCUUUUGUCGUCAGAACAGCCUCAAUUCAUCGGGACAUGGACUCGACAAGGUGUCGAAGGCGUUCCACAGGGUUGUUGACUCCAAUUGCUUCCCACACUUGUGUCAAGUUGGCUGACUGUUGUUGAGCGUGAAAACCCAGCAGUGUUUCAGUUCAUGACACUCUCAAACCAAGGCACUUAAAUAUUUUGUCUUGCCCAUUCACCCUCUGAAUGGGCACAUAGACAAUCCAUGUCUCCUCCACUUCAUCUAUACUGAUUUAAGUGGAGGUAGGGAUCAUAGCUUUCACCUGGUCAGUUUGUCAUGGAAAGAGCAGGUGUGCCUAAUGUUUUGUACACUCAGUGUAUGCGAUCAAAGACCGAGACGUCACAGUGGCCAUUUAAUAAGCGGAACUAUUUAUUGAGGAAUUGGCUAUUGAUGAUAUCUGCGUUUUCUGUGAAAAAGAAGGUGAGAAUCUGUCUCACUUGUUCUUUGAAUGUAAAUUUGUGUCCGAAUUUUGGGAAAACCUUGCAAAGUACUUAUUUACCAUUAUGAACACUGCCUAGAAUUUUAACAUAAAAUAUAUAAUAUGUUACUAUUGCGAUGAUAACAAAACCACUGAAAUGAUUGUUCAUUUUUUAAUGUUGCCAAAUACUUUAUACACAAACAAAAAUUCCAAAAUUCUAUACCAAAAUUACCAAUUUUUCUGAUUGAAUUUAAUUAUCUUAUUAAAACACUAACCCUAGUGAAUAACAAAAAGAAUAACAUCUUCAUGAAUCAUUAUAAUAAGAUAUUUUCAGAGUGAAUAUAAUUGCACUUAAAUUGUUUCUUUUUUGUAUUUUAUUUAUAUUUGUUGUAUGUUUGAGCAUUGUUAAUACCUGUGUUUGGUUUGCUAGACAUGUUUGAUGUAGCAAUGUAAGUUGAUUUUUGUAUUAUGAAUGAUAAAAAAUACAUUUUAAAAUACUUUUUUUUUAAACGGUUUAGUGAGGAAUCUUUCCUCUGUUUCUCCUUCCUUGCUGCCAUAGAAACGGGAAAGCCGAUCUGAUUAAUGCUAACGUAAACAAACAGGCGAGCUAACGUUAACCAGCUUGCUACCUCAGUGGCACAAAAAAAUUGCAUCACAGGAUAUCCUUGCAAUAUUAAUUGAGGAAUAUCAUAUUGGACAUGUCUUCUGUCUCACAGAUGAAAGAAAACUCUGAGACCAGUAAAUGGUUAGAUGCACACUACGAUCCAGUGGCCAAUCUCUAUACUUUUUCAUCUUGCAUUGCUCUUGCAGACCUGCAUGGGGAUGGUGAGAAUAAGUUGGUGGUGGGGGACCUGGGAACUGGUUCAUGCAACAUGAAGCUGAAGGUGUACCGUGGAACUGGCCUGAUGAGUGAGAACACGUUGCUCGAUCUGCCCACUGGCUUGGUUUCUUUCCUCAUGGACCAGCAUGAGCCACGCACGCCUGCCAUCGCUGUGGCUUCCGGCCCCUUCAUCUAUGUCUAUAAAAACCUGCGGCCCUAUUUCAAGUUCACUCUCCCUCCGUUAGAGGUCAAUGCCCUGGAACAGGACGUCUGGAACCAGGCAAGGGAGGACAUGAUUGACCCAUUGAGCUUGAAGGAAAUGUUGGAGGGCAUCCGAGACAAAGCUGAUGUUCCACUCUCCGUCAGAUCUUUGAGGUUCCUCAUGUUGGACCCACAAGACACGGAGGCUUUUGUGAACCUUCAUAAGGCGCAGCCAAUACGAAGACAGACUGUUAUUACAUGCAUCGGCACCCUGAAGAAGAACAUGGCUGAUGAGGAUGCAGUCAGCUGUCUGGUUAUUGGCACUGAGAGUAAAGAUGUCUAUAUCCUGGACCCUGAGGCCUUCACCAUCCUCUCGAAGAUGUCCGUCCCCAGUGCUCCCACUCAAAUGGAUGUGACUGGUCAGUUUGAUGUGGAGUUCCGGAUCACUGUGGCCUGCCGCAAUGGGAAUAUCUACAUCCUCCGCAGGGACUCCCCCAAGCCCAAGUACUGCAUUGAGCUGUCUUCUCACCCUGUGGGGCUGGUGAGGAUGGGGAAGAGUGUGGUGGUGGGAUGUGCCCAGGAGACCUUGCAGGGCUUCACACAGAAGGGGAAGAAGCUGUGGACAGCUUGCCUGCCAGCCCCUGUCACUACCAUGGGUGUGAUGGACCUCCCCACCAGGGGCUUCCAGGCUGUGUUAGUGGGCCUGGCUAACUGUGAGGUUCACCUCUACAGAGACAAAAACCUCAUCAGCACCAUCAAGACUCCGGAUGUAGUGACCAGCAUUUGUUUUGGGAGAUAUGGACGAGAAGACGGAACCCUUAUAAUGACCACCAAAGGAGGUGGUCUGAUAGUAAAGAUCCUGAAGAGGACAGCUGUGUUUGAUGACAGGGACUCUGCCCCAGGUCCCCCUCUGGCACAAAGCAUCCGCCUCAAUAUCCCCAAGAAGACCAAGCUGUACGUGGACCAAACCAUGAGGGAACGGGAGAAUGCUGUGGCAAUGCACAGGGCCUUCCAGAUGGACCUGAGUCGUCUGCGUCUGGCUGCAGCGAGGGCCUACGUUAAAGCCCUGGAGUCUAGCCUGACACCCAUGUCCUCCAGCCUGUCUGAGCCUCUCAAGAUGAACGCAGUGGUGCAGGGCCUGGGCCCGUCCUUCAAGCUAACUCUGAACAUCCAGAACACAGCAGCAUGCCGUCCUGUCAUGCACUUGGCCAUCAGCUUUCUGUAUGAUGAGAGCCUGUAUAGUAUGAGGACAGCCUUCUUUAAGAUCCCCCUACUGGUUCCUGGGCUCAACUAUCCUAUUGACACAUUUGUGGAGUGCCUGAGUGAUAAAGGAAUCUCUGACAUCAUUAAAGUGUUUGUGCUGCGAGAGGGCAAGAGUGCACCCCUGCUGACUGCCCAUAUCAACAUGCCCGUCAGUGAGGGACUGGCACUCAACUGAGAGAGGGAGAGCGAGCGAGCAGCAUCUUUAGGCCCUGGGCUGGCCUCUAUGCUCUCACCCUGUGCUUCUAGCCCCCUCUAGUGGCAGGGCUGACUCGAGGUGACUGGGACGUUAACAGGAUCAGCUUGUGUUGGCCCCAGAGGUGGUUAAAAGCCAUGUGUAGCAUACGUACGGUAGGACAGGAAGUCGGGCAAUUUGUCCUUAGAGAGAACUCCAUAGAGAGAAAUGGGUUUAUGAUUGUAUCACAGGAUUUAAAAUCCAAACGUAAGUGAAAUGGUAAGCUGUGUGUUGGUGGAUAGAGAUGUCAGGACAAUUAUCGUAGUUAUGAAUACAAGUGUAUAAAGUCAUUAUAUAUAAUCAGAAUUAUUUAUUGCUCUUUAAAGUUUGUUAAAUAAUUGCCGGGAAAAAAACAGAUGUGCUGCUAAUUUUUUAAUGUUCAGAUUAUGACAGAUGUUCAGAUCAUUCAUUGCACUUUAUUUUCAAAAAUGAAAGAUAACAAAAAUCCAUAUAUUCCUGAGAAGUGCAGCAGUAUCCAGAAAGUUGGCUUUUCAAACAAAUGUAUUUAAUAAAACCUUUAAAUUGAUUUUAUUUUUACUCCACAUUUCAAGGCGCUUUUGUUAUUGAGGUUAGAAUCUGUUUUUUUAUUCUCUUCAAACUAAGGCUUUACAUUAUUGACUUGUGUCAGAAUAUAAAUCCAACAGCUUGUUUCAAAAAUAAAAAAUCACUGAUCACUGUU